GGGGCGUGUACGUCCAUGCGGCAGCCAUCGAGUCUCCAGUGGAGAGAAGAAGACUUUCCGUUUCCGUCUUAUUCCAUCCGUAAAGACAAACCUUCCCGCUUCGGAGACAUUUGAUUCGAUCUGGGAAGUUUUGCUCGCGUCGGCGGCGUCUUGGUUCUUGGUUCUUGCUGGGACGUCAAACAGGACUCAAACUACCAGCAGACAAUUUCGACAAAAUACAGCAACCUUUUUUGUGUUAUUUCUCUUGCUCAUUGGCAGUAAAAAAAAAAAAAAAAAAAAAAGGGAGCUGAAAGUAAAACUAUCGAGUGAAACCAAAAGCAAUAGCUAGCAGCUAGCAAGCUAGCGAAGCUUCCAAACACUAAACGAUGAAUCAUUUUUGAUUGACAGCUGGAUGCUGUCGUCCUGCCCACGGACACGCGCACAAAUAAGACGACGUUUGCCUCGUGUCGGUCCUCCGGCAGACUUUAGUCGUUUCUCGUCGUCGCAUCGGCCGCUUUGUGUUUAUUUAGAAUUGUUACGUUCCGGGGGUUGUUGUGGGUGUCGAGCUGCCGUUAGCUAGUCGUCCUGCUAACGUUGGACAGCUCCACUUUAAAGCGAGCUGUGGACAAAGGACGGUUAAGGACGCCUGAUAGAAACAUUGACAGCUGGGGAAAGGACGGCAAGGACAAAGGGACUGACAUGAUGUUUCCACAAUCAAGACACUCAGCUUCAUCGCAGCAGCUGAAAUUCACCACGUCUGACUCGUGUGACAGGAUCAAGGAUGAGUUCCAGUUCCUCCAAGCGCAAUACCACAGCCUCAAGCUCGAGUGUGACAAGUUGGCCAGUGAGAAGUCAGAGAUGCAGCGUCACUACAUCAUGUACUAUGAGAUGUCCUACGGGCUCAAUAUUGAGAUGCACAAACAGGCUGAGAUUGUGAAGAGAUUAAAUGGAAUCUGUGCCCAAGUUCUCCCUUACCUGUCACAGGAGCACCAGCAGCAGGUCCUGGCAGCCAUUGAGAGGGCCAAGCAGGUCACCCCCCCAGAGAUGAACUCCAUCAUAAGGCAGCUUCAGGCCCACCAGCUGUCUCAGCUCCAGGGCCUGGCCCUCCCCAUGACCCCCCUGCCGCUGGGCCUGAGCCAGCCGAGCCUCCCCGCCGUCACCACCUCCUCUGGCCUCUUCUCCCUCUCCUCCCUGCUGGCCUCCCAAGCGCAGCUGGCCAAGGAAGAGAAAGCGUCGCGUGACGGCGCCGACAGCCACCGUGAGGACGACGGAGACAAGUCCGAUUAGGCGGUGGCGGAGGCGGCCCGUCAUUGGAAGCUCUUGUUUUUAUGUCCUGGUCUUUUCUGGAGCUCCAAGCUUAUCACUUGACUUUAAGCAACCUCUCACUGGGAGGACUUUCCUUCAUCCUCGCAUCCUUUCUCUUUUUUAUACUGAAUGUUUUCUCUCUUUUGAUGAUGAAGCUUCACCUUGUAUAUUCUACUCUCCUCCUCCUGACUCUCUGCUACCCACUCGGCUGUCGAACAGGCCUGUGCUGCAUUCCAGACCGCUUGGAAGUAGGAAACAUCCCACUCGGAACCCCCCACGUCCAAACCCACGUUGAAAGUAAACAAAAACCACGACUGAUGCCAUCUAAAGAGGAAAUGACAUCAGCUACUCAUCGUUCUGCUCUAUGGCAUGCACUGGCACUGGUAUGCAAACAGGAGCUCAGAACAUUCAGGAAAAGAUUUCUUUUCCCCACAUUCCAUUCAACAUCAAUUAAGGAAGUGUUAUGAAACACCCCAUAAAUAGAAAUCAUCAAAUAAUAUUGCAUCAUAAAAAUACAUAGAACUCAAUUAUACAAAUUAAUAAUAUUGCAUAAUACAAAUAUAUGGAAAUUCAUAUUUGUGAUCAUUUAUAUACCCUUGUAUAGAAUAAAAAUAUAUAGAAAAUAAUUAUUACAAAAUGUAUACAUUGAAAAAUGAAAUAUUGCAUAAUAAAAUAAUAAAUUGCAUAAUAAUAUAUAGACAUUAUAAAAAUGUAUUAGAAUUCAUUUCUAUAUGUUUUUAUUAUGAAACAUUUAUAGAAAAUUACAUUAUCUUUGGAAUAAUUUCUAUAUGUU